AUGGCACUUCCCCAGGUCCAACGCCCGUCGUAUCUGAUCAUCGGCGCAGGCGCCUUCGGUGCACCGACUGCCCUAGCCCUGAAGAGAGCCGAGCCUGAAUCCGAGGUCACUGUCGUGGAUCGGACUCCUUUUCCAUGUCCCAUGGCUGCCGGCCACGAUCUCAACAAGAUCAUCAGAGCCGACUACAUAGAUCUCAUGUACAUGAAACUGGCGCUGAAGGCCCUAGAACUCUGGAGAACGGACCCUCUAUACAGUCCGCACUUCCAUAACAUCGGUUAUCUCUACAGCUACGAUGAAGACUUCCUCAAGGAGAUCAUUGCCAGAUGGGAGCAGUUGCUCGGCAAGGGCAAUGCUCAAUCAUUCCUGCUGGACCCAGUGGAGGCAAGGAAGAAGUUCAACGGAGUAUUCGAGGACUCGGAUUGGUCCAUGGUAACCCAGUGUCUCUAUAGUCCGACAGCAGGAUGGGCUGACUCUGCCGCUGCUCUUCAAAGUGUCAUGCAAGCAGCCGUCGACCUGGGGGUGAGGUAUGUCGACAAUGGCGCUGCAAAGGUCCUCUUUGGUGAGCACGGCAACUGCACUGGAGCCGUGACAGAAGAUGGUAGAACGCUGACUGCCGAUCGAACAAUCCUGGCUGCGGGUGCCUGGAUUCCAUUGCUUCUCGCAGAAAGUGCACCAGAUGUACCAGAGAUCCAUACUGGAGAACGACUGAUCGCCGUGGGAGCUCCAAUGUGUGCUGUCAAACUUUCUGAUGAACAGCUGGAAAAGUUCAAGGAGUGCCCUGUCAACGCAUUGCUGGCCCCUUUAGCAGCCGAGUGCAUCCCUCCGGGGGAUAAGGGACUGCUCAAAUGCACGUACGACACUGGAUUCAGUAACAAGGUCUAUCACGAAAAAAGUCGACAAGAGAUGUCACUCCCGCCUUCCAAGAUUAGCCAGUCAACGUGGUCUCAAGAUAUUCCUCAGACUCUCAAGGACAACCUCAAGUCAGUAAAGAAUGAGCUCUUUGGGGGAUGGGUCGACGACAUUGAGCCAGAGUCCUACCGAUUAUGCUGGGAUGGUUUCACUCUCAACCAGGACUGGUUGAUCUGCCCGCAUCCCAAAGCAGACAACUUAUAUGUCGCCGGCGGUGGCUCGUUUCAUGGCUUCAAGUUCCUACCCGUCAUAGGAGAGCUCGUUGUUCAGAUGAUCAAGGGUGAGCUUGACGAGGAGAUGACAAAACGAUGGGCAUGGGAUGGUCCUAGGGAAGGCGCAAUAUGUCCUGCAUACACUCCGCACAAAGACCUGGGAGACUUGUCAUGA